AUGUCGAAAGUACCAAAGAGGCUCUGCCACAUACUGGUUACACUGGCUGAUGGGUUUCUCGUGCUAUAUAAGGUGACCUUGAAGGAAACGAGUGGCACUUCCAUUUUCGUUAGACCCAUUGCAUGGUAUAGUGUUCUGGGCUCGAGACCUCAUGACAGCUAUGCGAGGCAGGCCGCAGCUUCAUCAGAUAUGGUGUAUCAGGGGGACUCCAAUGACAUGCAGGCUGAGGAAUUGGACUAUGCAUACAUUGAUAAUCAAACCAAAGACAUCGACGAAGGGAGAGAGAUUGGGACUGAGGACUCGGACAAAGAUGGUCUGGACCUGGAAGACAGGGGAGAGGACGGCGGUGACUAUAUCUGCGAAGUCGAAGGAUAUGCAAUAUUAUAG